GGACGCUACGAUUUGAAGCAAUUUCUUCGCGAAAAAGAAAUAACAGUACGUGUACAAUACGCGGUAUUUACUCCAACAUUGAUGGCACUCAUCAUCUAUUGGCUGAUCGAACUACAAAACGGCUUCGUCCAUUCGAUCUUUCGACUAGCAAGCAUCGUACAGCUAUUGAUGGCAAUCGGCCAACUUGCACUCGAAUUUUAUGAGGUGUUCGUUCGUGGAAACUGA